GUGUGUGUGUGUCAGACAGCCAUGAAGAGGAUGCUGGCUCUCUUCUGCUUAAUUUCACUGGCAGCGCUUCUAACGGAUGCAUGGAGACCAUCACAACCACGACUGCACUUCCAACACUCAGAGCUGAUGCGGAGCGGCAGGCUCAUAUCUCUCUCUGUGCCUGCUGGGGAUCUGAACUCUCUGCUGCCGGAUGAAGAUGGUCGUCGUCUUUACAUCGGUAUGAAAGACCAUCUGCUGUCCACCAGCCUGGAUGAUAUUACACAAACCCCCUGCAAGAUAUACUGGCCUGCAAGUCCAGAUCAGAUCCAGAACUGUAUCAUGGCUGGAAAAAACCUGCAGAUGGACUGUGCAAACUUCUUGCGUGUGUUAGAGCUGUAUAACCAAACACAUCUUUACGCCUGUGGGACUGGAGCAUUCAACCCUCGCUGUGCCUUCAUCCCCACCAACCGCUUCCUCAAGGCUGAGGAACAAAUGCUGCAGUAUGAAGACACUGAAUCAGGGAAGGGAAAAUGUCCUUACGACCCUCACCAGAGAACAGCUACCGCCAUCAUAGAUGGAGAGCUGUACGCUGGCAUCUCAUCUGACUUUCUAAGUCAUGAUACCGCUUUUAUUCGGAGUCUGGGGGAGCGACAUGUGAUUCGCACUGAACAAUACGACUCCACAUGGCUGCAAGGCACUGAAUUUGUACAUGUUGCAGAGAUGUCAGAGAGUGAUAAUGAGGAGGAUGAUAAGGUCUAUGUGUUCUUCACUGAGCGCUCCCAGGAGGCUGAGGGGGCUGCUGGGAAGGUCCUCUAUUCUAGAGUCGCCCGCGUCUGCAAGUUUAUUCAGCGUGGAAAGGAAAAAAAGAACCCCCUCAUCUAUGGGCUCUUCACCACUACCAGCAAUGUCUUGAAUGGAUCCGCUGUGUGCGUUUACAGAAUGCAAGACAUUAUUAGAGCUUUUAAAGGAAAUUUCCUUCAUAGGGAGGGUCAACAGUACAAGUGGAUGGAGUAUACAGGCAAAGUUCCCUAUCCCAGACCCGGCACAUGUCCCAGCAGCACAUAUGGAGGGUUCAAAUCAACAAGGGAAUAUCCUGAUGAUGUCAUCUUCUUUAGCCGCAAACAUCCUUUAAUGCAGGAAGUGGUAAAUCCAUUUGGGGGUCAUCCUUUGCUCAUCAGAGUGGGCGUGCCUUAUAAACUGACCCGCCUCCUUGUGGACAGAGUGGAGGCGGUGGAUGGACAAUAUGACGUGCUGUUCAUUGGCACAGAUUCUGGCCUGGUUCUGAAAGUGAUUCACCUCCCUAAAGCCAACGGACAGAAUCAGGAGAUCACUCUGGAACGGCUGCAGGUUUUUAAGAACAAGUCACCAAUCACUGCCAUGACGCUGUCCAAGAAAAAGCAGUGGCUGUUUGCUGGAUCAGCAGAGGGUGUGGUUCAAUUGGGUCUGUUCCACUGCGAUUUGUACGGCCAAGCCUGCGCUGAAUGCUGUCUUGCUAGAGACCCAUACUGCACCUGGGAUGGCCACUCUUGCAGCCCUUACAUGCCAACUGCACGCAGAAGAAACAUUCGUCAUGUUAAUGAUGACGGCAACCCGCUGAACCAGUGUGUCAGACAGGGAGCUGGUCUUCAGGUGGAGGCAGAGGAGAAGACAUUAGUUGUUGCCAUGGGUAACAGCACCUACCUGGAGUGCCUACCCAAAUCUCACCAUGCCACAGUCACCUGGUUUAAAGACAUAGGCGAGAACAGCCUGGAGCAACAUAAGGUCACAUCUGGGGAGCAGCUGGUUGUCAUUGACAGGGGCAUCCUCAUUCCCCGGGCUGAGCUCAAUCACGGCGGCGUUUAUCACUGUCAGCUAGAAGAACAUGGAUUCCGCUGGACAGCCGUUACUAUUCGUUUAAUUGUGUGGAGCCCCACAUUUGUCUCCGCCCAGCCAUGGUACCAGGAUGUGAUGGCAUUGAUCAACCACGGCAAACUGGAGCGACACUGCAAAGAACUCAGUCAGCAUCACAACAACGAGGAAUCAGGGAAUCACAAGCAUAACAAACAGGACAGAAAGAGAGCAGACCGGCACAGGCACAGAGGAGGGGGAGAGAAGGAGAAAGGAAGGGGGCGGAAGAACCGGAGCAGAAUGCAGAGUUCAGCACAGAGGCUGCCAAGGAGCACAUAGAACAAAUCGCAGGUGUUUACAAAGCUGCUCAAAACAAAAGAAUACAACAAAACAUGCAAUAUACAGUAUAUUCACAGUACAUUCAAGUAUGCAUGGCAUCAUGUUAACAGACAUUUGGUUUGUUUCAAAUCCUAAUGAGCUGCCUGUAUGCGGCAGCAUUGUCAAGCAACAAGCUCAAAAAUACAUGC